CGGCGAACGCCCGGGAAACUCGGUCUAACGGUCGGAGAGCGCGCUGACGACGAGGAGGCGCCCGGGGGCUGUGGGCGCUGUUACUGUCACUGUCACUGACGGUGUCAGGGGAAGGCCAUGGGGUCUGAACAACCGCCCUGCUGCUAAGAUAAUUUGGAGCCAUUUGACAAUCUCGUGGGAUUGCCCUUUCACAAGAAUAAAUCUAUCGAUUCUUCUUCAAAAUUCCUCUUAAGUCAAAUAGAUUCUUCCAGAGAUUGCUCAUCCAUCUACAAUGGCUGUAAGAUUGAUUAAUCCCGUGAAACAAUCGCAGUCCUUCAUAAAAAGAACUUGCUAUUUGAGCUCGUCUCUUAGAUGUGUUCAGCAAUCCAGGAUCGGGCACCUCAGCUGCUUUCAGAGAAAUUUUGUGUGCAGCCCAUUGAAAAACAGAGGCAGAAGAUCACCGGACUAUUGUUCCACAGCAUGCCAAAUAAUAAGAAAAGAGACCAUUUCUGCGCAAAUGAUACAUCUUCAAUCCUUGUACUGUACACAGUUUGAAAGCAUAAAGAAAAGAGUUUAUUCCACUGCAACAGGUGAAAGUAAAGUGGCAUUGAAACCAAAAGUACAGUCAGCCAAAAGGCCACUUAAGGGGCCUCGGACCAAACAGCCAUCAAGGACCAAUCUGCCAAGAAUUGCAGAUGUACAGGAUUUGCUGAAAUGCACAGCCUUCGCCACAGCAGAUCAGUAUCAUCUGGAGAAUCUUUGCAGUGAUCUGAUGUCAAGUGGUUAUCAUGAAAUAACAGACUUGCCCAGAGAUGCCUCAAAUGUCUUGGUAAUUGGAACUGAGAUGCUGGCCAAGCCCAAUGAUUAUGGAUUAAUUUUCCUGUUCAGGGAGGGCUCUGUUGUCUUUUGGAAUGUGGAAGAUAAAACAGUGAAACGCACCAUGCAGAUCUUAGAGCCACAUGAGAUCCAGCCAUAUGAAAUUGCUUUGGUGCAUUGGGAAAAUGAGGAAGUUAACUAUCGGAUUUCAGAUGGACACUCAAAGCUGCAUCGAGGAGAGAUUUUAUUGAAUUCCAAUCUUGAACCUGAUGAAUCUAUUUUGGAAAAGUUUGCAUUUUCAAAUGCACUUUCCUUGUCAGUGAAGCUUGCCAUUUGGGAGGUGUCUCUAGAUAACUUUGUUGAAUCCAUUCAGUUUAUUCCUGAGAUGCUAAAAGCUGGAAAACAAGUGAAACUUUCCCGAUCUGAAGUCAUGCAGAAAAUUGGUGAAUUAUUUGCCUUGAGACAUCGUAUCAAUUUAAGUUCAGAUCUCCUGAUGACACCUGACUUUUACUGGGACAGAAUACACCUGGAACAACUAUAUGACAAAACCUGCCAGUUUCUGAACAUCAACCGACGUGUAAAGGUGAUUAAUGAAAAGCUACAACAUUGUACAGAACUAACAGACUUGAUGCGAAACCACUUAAGUGAGAAGCAUGGACUGCGGCUCGAGUGGAUGAUAGUGAUCCUCAUUUCUAUUGAAGUAUUAUUUGAACUUGCACGUGUUAUUUUCUAAAGCUGAUUGGAGUGACUGUGGAAGGCCAGUGACUAUGACAUCAAGUGGGGCAUGCAGAGAAUCCUCCUAAAGCCCUCUGUACUCGUUUCUAGAUCCCUGAGGAUUGUCUACAUUUUCUGCAGUUCAGUUCUCAUCAGAACUAUGCUGUUUAUUCUCACAGCCACACAGCAUUUAUAAUCGGUUUUAACAUUCUGUUAAUGGCACAUUUGAUUUAGUUUCAAUGUGGAAUGUCUAUAUAUGAUGGGAAAAAUUUAGGAAAACUACAGUAAUCAUUAUUUCUCUUUGAAAUCAUGCUGGAACCAAGACUGAAUAAAUUUGAAUUUAUAGUAGCUGCUUACUUCAAAUGUUUGAGACUGGGGUAUAAUGGAAGAAAUGCAUUUCUGGGUGUACUGCAGCUGUGAAAGCAGGCUAGCUAAUAUAUUCUAGACCAUGCCCGGGGGCAGAUGUCCAUGUUAUAGAAGAUCUUGGAACGCUGCUACUACACUCAGAGCUGACAUAAGUGUUGUUCACGUCAUUUAACAUGUACCUGUAUUUGAAUAGUUUAAAUCAUUAGUAAAAUCACUGGGAAGAAAUCCUGAAUCAACAUGAAUUAUUUAUUAUGACAAAAAAUAUAUUAUUUCAGAAUUGAAACUGUUUAAAUAAAAAUACUAAUUUGUCAUACUUCAAACUGGGAUGUGAUAAUCUGUACAAAUCACAGGAUAUUUGAACAUGUUUAACUUGUUUAUUUAUAAUACUUCCUGUAAUAGAAUUGCUAUCAAAACCAAGGACACGUGUUCCAAUGCAAACAGCUUUUAGCUUGAAUAGAUUCUGAAAAUGUUUUCCUCUGAAGCAGAAGAAUCUGUUAACUUCAUUUAUUCUUUGUCCAUAAACAAAGUUGAAUGCUUAAUAACUGCCAGCUGUUAUUACGCCUGAGGAACAGAAACAUUUAAAAUCAAAGGGCAGGGUCAUUUUUAUAUGAAUUGGAACCUAUUGUUUUCUCUUAAUCUGAACUACCGGAUAAACUUUUUUUUCCAUGAAAAAUAAAUGAUUGAAUUAAGCUA